AUGUUGUUCAAGGCACUUGUCGCUGGCCUCGGCCUCCAGCUCGCCGUCGAAGUUGUUGCAAGCCCCAUAGUGCGCGAGAAGCGUCAGGUUCCCGCCACUCAUGCCGUCCAUGAGCAACACGCGCCCAAUAUGGCUACCAAAUGGGUCAAACGGGAGCGCCUGCCUCGAAAGACUGUUCUGCCAAUGCGAAUCGGUCUGAAGCAACGAAAUCUUGAUGCUGGGCACAAGAAACUGAUGGAGAUUUCCUCUCCUGGACAUGUCAGCUAUGGCAAGCACAUGACUUCAGAAGAAGUCAUUGACUUCUUUGCUCCUGCUCAGUCCAGCGUGGAUGCCGUUAUCGAGUGGCUAAUUUCCUCUGGCAUUGAUCGAAAGCGUAUCAGCCAGUCUGCCAAUAAGCAGUGGAUUCAAUUUGACGCCGCAGCUGAAGAGGCCGAGGAUCUCCUUGUCACCGAUUUCUACUACUGGGAUGACACCACCGGUUCUCACCGUGACAUCGCUUGUGAAAAAUACCACCUCCCCUCCCACAUCAGAGAGCACGUUGAUUACGCCACUCCCGGCAUCAGACUGCGUGGAAACGGUGUCCUUGAGCGAAGCCUCAAGAAGCGAGGUCAGAAACGGGAGCAGAAACAACAGACGAAUGUCCCAUCCCUUCUUUUUCGUGAGGGCAAGCACUUUACCAAUAACAUUGCUCAUAUGAGCGCCGUCACACCCGCCGUAGCCAACGCCGGGCCGUUCUGGAACUCGACCACUUGCGACACUUAUACCACGGCAGACUGUAUCCGAGUCCAGUAUGGCAUUGAAAAUGGCACCACUGCGGCUCCCGGUAAUGAGCUCGGUAUCUUUGAGGACCUGAACGAUCACUACAGCACAGCAGACCUUGAUCUCUUCCUGAGUCAAGUUUAUCCUGAGCUCGACAUCCCAGCCGGUACUUAUCCCGAGAAUCGUCUCGUCGACGGCGCCUUUGGGUCUUACGAAGACCUUGUUGAUGCUAUCGGCACUGACUUUGGCGGCCUUGGCCCUGAAUCUACUCUGGACUUCCAGUCCGCCAUUCCCCUCAUCUGGCCCCAGAAGACUGUCCUAUUUCAGACCAACGAUGAGUACUAUGAAAUUGUUGGAACCAAUGGCUUCUUUAACACCUUCCUUGAUGCCAUUGAUGGCAGCUACUGCAGCUAUAGCGCUUUCAAUGAAACAGGCGACUGUACCGACAGCUCCUGCGCAGACCCGGUUUAUCCCAAUCCCAAUUACGCCGCCCCCAUUGGCUACCAGGGCUCCAAACAAUGCGGUGUCUACGAGCCCACCAACGUCAUCUCCAUCUCCUACAGCGGUAUCGAGGAUCUCUUGCCUAACAACUACCAGUUGCGCCAGUGCAAUGAGUAUCUCAAACUCGGUCUUCAGGGCGUCACCGUCGUCGUCUCCUCCGGAGACUAUGGUGUCGGUACGCAACUGGGCUGCAUCGGGUCAGUCGAGCAGCCCAACGUCGGCACAAUCUUUGCACCUCUCUUCCCCCAGUCUUGCCCUUAUAUCCUCACCGUCGGCGGCACGGAAUUGAGGCGCUCCGAUCCCACUGCUCCUCCGGUCGCGUGGGAGAUUCUCGACGAGGUUGCCGUGACGCAGUUCCCCAGUGGCGGAGGCUUCAGCAACAUCCACCCCGUGGCAGAUUACCAGAAGGACGCUGUGGAUGCAUAUCUUGAUGCUGUGGGGAGCUCACUACCAUUUGAGUCUUACAGCCAGAUUAUUGUCGACGGCGAUUUUACCAACAUCACUGAUAUCAACCAGGUGUAUAACCGCGGUGGUCGAGGAUACCCUGACGUUGCUGCCGUGGGAGAGAACCAGCUGAUCAUCUACGAGGGCGCGUUCCACACCAUUGGCGGAACCUCACUGUCGACGCCUCUAUGGGGAUCAAUGCUGACUUUGAUUAACGAGAAGCGUAUUGCUGCCGGCAAGAGCACUGUUGGCUUUAUCAACCCUAUUCUGUAUCAACAUCCUGAGGCGUUCAACGACAUCACUGAGGGGAACAAUGACGGCUGCAGCUCCGCUGAUCAAACCACGCUCUGGGGCUUCCCUGCGGCCAAGGGAUGGGAUCCCGUGACGGGUCUUGGAUCGCCCAAUUUUCCAGCUCUGCAAAACGUGUUGCUGAGUCUGUAA